AUGGCUGGUAAUUACAGUGAAUCAAAAAGUUUAAACAAUAGAAUAGAAAAUAUAAGUAUUUCAUCGGGAAAUCUUAGUGAAUUUUCAUCGUCAACUUCAUCUAAUUCAGUGAUCAAUAAAAAUAGUAACGUAUCCUUGAAUGUAAAAGAAAGAGAAAUAUUCGUCAAUCAUCCAAUAAAAUCAGCCCAUACUUUCAUGCAGAAGUCAAGUUUUAUUAUCUGCUCAAAAAAUAUUCCAAUAUCUAGUUCUACUUACGAUCAAAGCGAAGAAAAUUCAUUACAGAUAAUUCAAGAAAGGCAAUCGAUGAAUAACUUGCAAUGUUUUCCAAAUCGUGUUCCUGUUGGAGCUCUUCAGCUUGAAUGGUUAGCUAGAUCUGGAAUUUUAUAUCCUAGUAUAUCAACAAAUUUUCAAGGUUGUUUGGCUCCUCAUACAUUAUUAGGUAAAAGUCGACGGCCAAGAACUGCUUUUACGUCGCAGCAGCUAUUAGAAUUAGAAAAACAAUUCAGACUCAAUAAAUAUCUGAGUCGACCAAAAAGAUUUGAAGUCGCAACGUCACUAAUGUUAACUGAAACCCAGGUGAAAAUAUGGUUUCAAAAUCGGCGAAUGAAAUGGAAAAGAAACAAGAAAACUCAACAGGAUGCCAAAUCAAUAACGAAAAAUCACCAGAAUAAAUCAAACACUCAUGAUAGUAUUGAAUGCAAACUAAGCAAUCAUAACAUAUCGCUCGCGAUGACUGAUAUUUUUGAUAAAAAUACAGAUAGUACCACCAACGAUCAACAUGAAUCUCUGUAUAGGCCGUACAUCACUUAA